CGCUUUGAUCCUCCCUCUGCUGCGAUCUGCGGCGACUUGAAGCAUUGAGCACCUCUCGUCACGUGAGCACAUUCAGUAGCGUUGUGCGCUUCUCUUCUGUGAACCUCCUUUUGCCGCCCUCAUCCAACGCAAGUGGAAACAAAUAUGCUUCGUGGAAACUAUAACGAUAGCAGAAGAGACAGAGCCUCGGACGACAGCAGAUCUUACAGAACACGCAGCCGCUCUCCCAAAAAUUCUGGAAGGAGUGAUAGCUAUGGAAAACCUGUUGCUCGGGAUGAAUAUGGCAGAGAGCGUCGCGACUCUCAGAAGUACGACACGGCGAGAGACUCUCGACAGUACCACACGCCUGCCUAUAAGAACGAGAGGGGGGACAGAGGACAGUUGAACGACUCGCGACAAAGUGUUCGAUACGGUCGAGACAGAGCAUACCAAGAUUCUGGCAGAGAGGAUAGACGGGGUAACUAUGAUCACCGUGAGACAAGGGACUACGAUAGCGGAAGGACUACCAACAGCAGGAGCGGAAGACUGGAUUCUUAUGAGCAGCGUCGUCGUCAGUCAGACAGGUUCAUCCCGCGGCCGGGUCUGCGCGAUCGGCCAGUAGAUCGCCGUGCAGAUGAUAGGAGUCGACCCGGUCCCUUUCCCAACCCUAACCCUCGUCCAUCUUAUGGUACACCUGAUCUACAGCGACCAUCAUGGGCGUUGAAGCCUCGGACAUCAUCUCCAGAUGCAUGGCGCCAUGACAAGUUCAGCAGUCGUAGACCUGACCGACCCCUGCGGGAGCCCACCCCUGAACCUCACGCGUCCGAGCUUACCGAAAAAGAAGACACUUUGAUUGAGAGUGGGACGACCGUGGAGCCUGGUCCGUCUGUAGACCAAAGGAAGGUUGGCGAUACCGACGAAGCAUCUUCCCAUUUCGCUGAGUGAAAAUCUCGUAAAGACAAACACGUCAUGUGAAGCCCGAGCUUGCGGAGAAGAGCUUUGCUGAUGGAUCUAUCUUGUAUAUUUACACGCUGAUCCAUACGCGGCAUGGCGUCAGUUGAUCCUUUUGCAGGCACUAUUUUACAAAUACUCUAUCAAUGGGAAUAAAUGAGCAGAACUAUUCCGAUCGUGUCAGGCCGAUAUAUAGCAUCAGAAACGUUCCGCUGUCUAUCUCUUCUCCUUUAUUUUCCCAACGCCUAAUCGUUUUUUGGUAGCUGGGUAGUAACCACGUUAAUGCGCUCUGUUCUGAACAAGUCUCUAAAUGACUAUCAU